AUGGUCAAUCGCGGGCGCUCGGGAGGCUGCGUGACGUGCAAGCAACGCCGCGUGAAAUGCGACGAGACGAAGCCCGAGUGUCGAACAUGCCAGCGCCUUGAGCUUGGCUGCGGAGGCUACAACAUUCUCAAGUAUCCCAAAAUAAAAUUCAAAGACCAGAACCACAAAUUUUGUAACCACACCCACCAAUAUGCCGUGGAAGCUGCGACUACUCCGAGUCGAUCGUCUGAGUGUGAUGUUCAGGACCGGGAGGUUGCGAGGGCUUUGAAUUCGCGGCGGCUCUCUGAACCCGACACCGCCGUGCCGUUUUUUCUCAAUCAUUACGCCAGUCUGGGCCGUGAUAUGGGAUCCACGCGCGGGUUCUUCGAAAUGCUCAUUCCAGCCUACUUAUCGCAGCGGGAAGAAUCAGCGCUCUCACUCGCCGUAUCAGCGUUGGCUUCAGGAAUCUUGUCCAUGUGGCGGGGAGACGACAGCAGCUUCCGUUCCCCAAGGAAGUCUUACUUCCGGGCAAUCAAACGCCUUCGGAUCGCCACACAGGAUCCAAUAGAACGUGGCAAGCCGGCAACUGUUUUAGCCGUAUUGGCGCUACAGACGUACGAAAAUGCGUCUGCGGUAUAUGACCUUCGUUGGGCUUCGAGUAUGCACCAUAAUGGCGCUGCGUCUUUGCUCUUGUCCAUGGACUCGGACAGCAUUGACGGAUCGGUGCGUUCCUAUCUGCGAAGGUUUAUGCUACACACCGAAGUUUCAACAGCGAUACGUCAGAAAGAGCCACUAAAGGAUAUCGCAUACUCGUGGAUUGGGAGUAAAGAUACGAUGGCUGUGCCAGAAAACCCCAGCUCAACACUCGAUGUGAUAGGAGCAUCCGUUGCCGAGUUGCAGGCUAGCUACACGCAGUUUAUGACAAAGGGUAGCUCGACGACGUCGUCCGAGCGCGUUUUGGGUGAGUGGAUGGCCAAGGCAAGCAGGGUUAGUGCAGAGCUUCUGGUGUGGGCUGAAAAAGUACCUGAGCACUGGAAACCGCUGAGGCUGAUUAGUGGUCGGGAUAUUCAUUCGUCCAUACCCACCUACCAGUCCGUCUGUGAGGUGUAUCCAUCCUGCCAGAUUGCCAGCAUUUGGAAUCUAUGGCGCUCUCAACGCCUGUUGCUGGCCAAGAUCACACUUGCUUCCCUCAAAACAUUCUCAGAUUUUAGCCGCUUUGGCUUCACAUACGAGAAAUGCCUCGGGGACCCCACAGAUCCUGCCAACUGUGAACAAAUCAUUCAAGAAAUGAUCGACGGCGUGUGCCACAGCAUACCUUUUUAUCUUGGCAACCGAACCACCCGGUCCAGUCUCACAGAUCUCACUGACCCGGCGGUCCUGCUUCCAAGCCAAUAUUUAUUGGAAGAUGAGGCGCGACUGGCCGGUGAUGGUCUCAAUGCAGGGAGAUCUAGGGACGACCACAGGCGUCAUAUUAUCGCGCAGGGGCCGUGGCGGGCCAUGCACCCGCUGAGCAGCUUGUUGACGCUCUUCUCGGAAGAUUACGAUGAGGUAAUAGCGAGCUUUCUUAGACCUGGACAGCGGGAAUGGAUCCGCGACCAGUUCCUGCGUGUCGCCACGUUGCUGCAUCUUCCCUCGGAGCCGCGCAAUGGCUUGAAAAUAUCAGAAUCGCCGGGAGAACUAGCAAAUGCCAAGACGGAGUAUAUGGCCAAGGAGAUAAGAAAAGGCGCAAUUCUUAUGAGUGGACCGUAA